UUGCUAUGAAGAUGAAGAAGUCAUAUACACCACCAUUUUUACAGCACAUGCUUCAUCGAAGUGGAUGAAUCGCAGACCCAAGCCAAAAAGGGACUCUUUGCUAGAAACAUUUCAAGAAGUACGAAUGAAUCAAGAAGAAGUGACACUUUACUCUACACAGUCAUUGAAAGGGGAGAAUUUGUUCCAAAAUUCCACAAACCUACUACUCUUCCAAAAAUUAUGCCCAAGAAGCUCAGAGAAUUCGGUCAAAAAAAGCUGGCAUUCAUGUGUACCAGAAGAAGAAGGACAUAUAAUUGACAUCCAAGACUUAUUUGAUCCAAACUUAGAUACCCAGAAAAAGCCUCAGUUGGUCAUAAUAGAGGGGGCUGCUGGGAUUGGGAAAUCAAUGCUGGCCAGGCAGGUGAGGAAAUCCUGGAAGGAAGGUCAGCUCUACAGGGAUCGCUUCCAGCAUGUCUUCUUCUUUAGCUGCAGAGAGCUGGCCCAGUACAAGCAGCUGAGUCUGACUGAGCUCAUAGAAGAAGGCCAGGAAGUGCCCACAGCUCCCAUCAGUCAGAUACUGUCUCACCCUGAGAAGCUGCUCUUCAUCCUGGAUGGCAUAGAUGAGCCAGCAUGGGUCUUAGAGGAGAAGAAUCCUGAGCUACGUCUUCACUGGAGUCAAAUACAGCCUGUGAACACUCUGCUGGGAAGUUUACUAGGGAAUUCCAUCCUUCCUGAGGCUUCCUUCCUGCUCACAGCUCGGACCACAGCUCUGCAGAAGAUCCUUCCUUCCUUGAAGCAGCCAUGUUGGGUGGAAGUCCUAGGAUUCACUGAGUGUGAACGGAAAAAUUAUUUCUACAAAUAUUUUGCAAAUGUAAUAGAUGCAGCUAUUGCUUUUAGGUUUGUUAAAUCUAACCCAGUGCUCUUGACCCUGUGUGAGGUUCCCUGGGUGUGCUGGCUGGUCUGCACUUGCCUGAAAAGGAAGAUGGUGUGGAGGUAUGACCUUUCAUUGACCUCACAGACAACCACAGCCCUCUGCCUGAAAUACCUUUCCCUGAUAAUCCCAGGUAAGCACAUGGGGACUCAGCUCAGGGGCCUAUGCUCACUGGCUGCUCAGGGGAUCUGCCAAAGAAGAACCCUGUUCAGUGAAAGCGACCUCUGUAAGCAGGGGUUAGCAGAGGAUGCCAUUGCCACUUUCCUGAAGAUUGACGUCCUUCAAAUGCAGCCCAGCUCUCUGAGAUACACCUUUGCCCACUUGUGUCUCCAGGAGUUCUUUGCAGCAAUGUCCUACAUCUUGGAGAAUAGGGAGAAAAGACAUGGUGAUAUGGAAAAUGACAGAAUUUUGGAAACACUGGUAGAACAGUAUGGAAAAGAAAACCUGUUUGAGGCACCCACUGUGCGCUUCCUAUUUGGUCUUUUGAGUAAAGAGGGGUUGAAAGAAAUGAAAAAGUUCUUUCACUGCAACAUUUCUAGGAAGACAAAGUUGAAGCUGCUAUGUCACGUCCUAGCAAAAAACCAACCAUAUCAACCACCAUGUCUGGGUUUGCUCCACUGUCUGUAUGAAAAUCAGGAAGAGGAGCUCCUGACACAGGUGAUGCAUGAUCUUCAAGGAACAAUAGUGCCUGGCCCAAAUGAUACUGCACACACAGUGUCCCAGACAAAUGUGAAUCACCUGGUGAUACAGACAGACAUGGAUCUCAUGGUGGUCACUUUCUGCAUUCAGUUCUGUUAUCAUGUGAGGAGUCUUCAGCUGAAUAUAGAAAGACAGCAAGGAUAUGCAUCGAAAGCCCCAAGGAUAAUCCUGUACAGAUGGACCCCAAUCACUGAUGCCAGUUGGAACAUUUUCUUCUCCAAUCUUAAAUUCACCAGAAACCUGGAGGAGCUGGACCUAAGUGGAAAUCCACUGAGCUACUCUGCAGUGCAAAGUCUCUGUAUAACCCUUAGACACCGUAACUGCAAACUAAAGAUCUUGUGGCUCGUUGAAUGUGGCCUCACAUCCACACACUGCUCACUCCUGGCAUCAGUGCUCAGUGUUCGCUCCAGCCUGACUGAGCUAGACCUGCGGCUGAAUGACCUGGGUGAUGAUGGUGUGAGGCUGCUGUGUGAGGGGCUCAGGAAUCCUGCCUGCAACCUCAGCAUCCUGCGGCUGGACCAGGCCUCUCUCAGUGACCAAGUGAUUACAGAGCUCAGGACCCUGGAGGCAAAGAAUGCAAAGUUGCUCAUCUCCAGCACAUGGAAGCCGCAUAGAAUGGUCCCUACUAUGAACAUGGAUAAAGAAGAAGUGGGUGAUAGCCCAGCUUUAUUGAAGCAGCAGAGACAACAGUCAGGAGAAAAACCCAUGGAACCUCUGGGGACUGAGGAUGAUUUCUGGGGCCCUACAGGACCUGUGGCUACUGAGGUGGUUGAUGGAGAGAGGAACAUGUACCGAGUUCAAUUGCCCAUGGCUGGUUCCUAUCACUGCCCCAGCACAGGACUCCACUUUGUGGUGACAAAGGCAGUGACAAUCGAGAUUGAAUUCUGUGCCUGGAGCCAAUACCUGGACAAGACUUCCUUGCAACACAGUUACAUGGUUGUUGGACCUCUAUUUGACAUCAAGGCUGAGAAAGGAGCUGUGACUGCAGUGUACCUCCCUCAUUUUGUGGCUCUCCAAGAUGGAAUGGUAGACACCUCCUUGUUCCAUGUUGCCCACUUUCAAGAACAUGGGAUGGUCCUAGAAACCCCAGCAAGAGUGGAAGAGCAUUAUGCAGUACUGGAAGGCCCAAGUUUCUCCCCAAUAGGAGUUCUACUGAGAUUGAUUCCUGCUGUUGGGCAACUCAUCCCCAUCACUUCCAUCACACUGAUCUACUAUCACUGCUAUCUCGAGGAUGUCACCUUUCACCUUUACCUGGUCCCCAAUGACUGCACUAUUCGGAAGGCCAUUGAUGAUGAAGAAAUGAAUGAUCAGUUUGUGCGCAUAAAAAAGCCACCCCCAGUAGAUGCUCUUUAUGUUGGUUCCCGCUAUAUCCUGUCUGGCUCAAAUGAGGUGGAAAUUAUCCCAAAGGAACUCGAACUGUGUUACCGAAGCCCGGGGGAAUCCCAGCUCUUCUCUGAGAUCUAUGUUGAACACAUGGGUUCAGGGAUUAAGCUGCAAAUCAGAGACAAGAGGCAUAUGAAUCUCAUAUGGGAAGCCUUCCUGAAACCAGGAGACCUCAGACCUGCUCUACCCAGGAUUUCUUCAGCACCCAAAGAUACUCUUUCCUUGCUACAUUUCAUGGACCAGCAUCGGGAGGAGCUGGUGGCCCGAGUGACAUCAGUGGACCAUCUAUUAGACAAGCUACAUGGUCUGGUGCUGAGUGAAGAAGACUAUGAGGCAGUGAGGGCUGAGACCACAAACCAAGACAAGAUGAGGAAGCUCUUCAGCCUCAGCCGGUCCUGGAAUCAAGCCUGCAAAGACCAAUUCUACCAAGCUCUGAAGGAGACCCAUCCUCACUUGGUUAUGGACCUUCUUGAGAAGUCAGGCAGGGUCUCUUUGGGAUCCUGA